CUAGACUUUACGUUAAUUGGCUAGACUUUUGUGCCUGUAGACUGCAACAAUUGUUACCUAACUCAACUCAAGGAUAAAAAUAAUAGUGGAAGAUUCGAAGCCACUAGCUAGCAGUUUGUUAAACACGACUUUGAUGUUAACUAACACACCAUUGUUUAUUGUAGGAAGAAAAGAGGAAAUAAUUGAUGAAUGAUUAAAUCAACCAACUUUCACCAAAAGCUCCACAAACCAAUUACAGUGUACUACCAUGUCAGGUCAACCCUUCUCACCACCUGAACCCAUGAUCGAUCCCUUUCUCCAUCUCAAAAUCUCCCUAAAUCCCGACGGCACAAUCACACGUCUACGUGGAGACCAACACAUCUCUCCCUCACCAAAUCCCAACCUUCCAAUCCCUGUUCUCACCAAAGACAUCCUCAUCAACCCAUCACACAAAACCACCGCUAGAAUAUUCCUUCCCCGCAAAACACUCGAUCAUAACCCCUUCCACAAGCUCCCUAUAAUUGUUUACUUUCACGGUGGCGGUUUCAUCCUCUUCAGUGCAGCCUCAGAUUUUCUUCACGAUCUUUGUAUAAACCUUGCAAACGACGUUAACUCCAUUGUUGUUUCCGUUGACUAUCGUUUAGCACCAGAACACCGUUUACCUGCUGCGUAUGAUGAUGCUAUGGAAGCUCUGCACUGGAUCAAAACUCAAUCAGAUGAUUGGUUGAAAAACUAUGGUGAUUAUUCAAAUUGUUACAUCAUGGGAGGUAGUGCUGGAGCAAAUAUUGCAUACAAAGCUGGUCUACGUGUAGCUGCAGAGACUAAUGUUAAUCAUGAUUAUCUGAAGCCACUUAAGAUUAGAGGCUUAAUAUUGUCUCAACCGUUUUUUGGUAGUACCAAGAGGGUAGCUUCGGAGUUGAGGCUGUUAAACGAUGUGGUUUUGCCACCGCACGUGUGUGACUUGAUGUGGGAGCUUUCUUUGCCGAUUGGAGUUGACCGUGAUCAUGAAUAUUGCAAUCCAACGGUUGGUGAUAGUGUUGGAGGUUUGGAUAGGGUGAGGGAGCUUGGGUGGAGGGUGUUGGUGAGUGGGUGCGAUGGGGACCCGUUGAUGGACCAUCAGAUGGCGUUGGCGAGAGUGAUUGAAGAGAAAGAUGUGGUGGUGGUGAGAAGUUUUACAAAAGGGGGUUGUCAUGGGGCUGAGGUUCGUGAUCUUAUCAAGCAAAAACAAUUGCACGAUCUAAUUAAAGAUUUCAUUUCUUUCCUACAGAAUUAAUCUUAAUGCAUGUUGAGAUAGUAAGAAUAAUAAGUUGUAUGUUAAAUACAUUGUACUAUGUUAAGUUUAAGUAUUAUAAUGAAAAUCAUAAAUCACAAUUUGAAAUAAGAAUCAAAUGUUAGAGGCAAA